GAGCCAGAGCUUGGAUGGAGUUCUCUGACAGGCUAGCAAUGAUAGCAGCAACAAGGAAGAGGUUCCCAGGAUGCUUGGACAACGGUCCCGGAUUCCAAACCCAAGAGUUUUUGAAUACGGAAACAUGGGUAGAAAAGAUGCUUCUUCUGCAAGGAUACCUGUUGAUCAGUACAGAAAACAAAUAGGAAAACAAGAUUACAAGAAAACCAGGCCAAUGUUAAAAGCAACGCGAUUAAAAGCAGAGGCCAAGAAAACCGCACCAGGCAUAAAGGAAGUCAGCCUCGUCCUUGCAGCUAUAUUGGUCUUUCUAUUGGCGUGUUAUGCUUUCUUUUACCUUAAGCUAUCUGAAGAAGUUGACCUUGAUCUGGAGCAAGAUGAAAACUAGAAGACUCUACAAAUUUGCUUCUUUAAAAAAAAGAUAACCUUGAUCAUCAAGAUCACAAACAAGCAAUCUAUCCACAGAGAUGGAUAGAACAUAAACUACUUCCUUCCAUUCAGAAGCUAAGAAUACAUAGGAGAAUACCUCAGCCUUGUGGAUUUUUAUGAGUUUCAUCUGAGUUUCAGACUGGUUUACUGACUGAUAUUGACUAUUUUCUUAAUUUGAGAAGCUGAAAAUAUUUGAUCCAAGUGAACAGUUUCUUACCUGAAUUAGUGUUGGAUGUUAGUCUAUAAUUCCUGAUGUCCUUGAAGCUUGCAGGACCAUUUUGCUUUUUUUGAAAGGAUGACAACAAAUAGAAGCCAAGAUCAAAUACGAUGAACUAGAAUUAAA